UCAGUUGUACAAAGUGUAAUUAAGAGGCUUACUAUGUAUAUAAUGGUCUUGCUACAGCAGGAUGGGAGCAUGUAUCCAACAUUUUACAGACAUUUAAUUUACAAAUGUUCAUAUCCCAUUUGUUUUAUAUCAUAUUAAGUAAAUGUUUGUUCUUAAAAAAGUGUGUUUCGUGUUCUCCUUGUUCCCACCCGAUGAAGAUCAACUCCAAGCCCCAACUGUGGAGAUAUUACCACAACUGGAAGAAUUCCAGGACAGCUUGCGUGACGCCCCGCCCCUUCUAGUGACGGUCCAAUUUUGACACGGAAAGUGCUUCACGCGUGAUGGCUGCCACUGAAAUGGCGGCUGCUGCCUCCGAGAUAACUCUUGCGGUGAUGGACGAGAGCCGUGGUGCCGUCGAGAAUAAAAUGGAUACCGUUGGCGACUGCCCAAACGAAGCGGAAACAGGAGCGCCAGCUGGCUGCGGGCAGCCGAAAAUGGCUGAACUCGAGGCUGAGGCCAGCGAGGCUCCGGAGCAGGCCGCGAGCGAGGCGCCGCCGCCGCCGCCGCCGCCGCCGCCGCCUCCGACUGACGUUCCAGAAUCGGUCAAACAGGAGGCCACAUCCCCUCCCCCAGAUGUGGAGCUACCUUCCGAGGAGGUGCCGCCGGAGCCCCAGCAGAACUAUGCGGAUGUCAACGGCGAGCACUUAAACUGUGGCACGGAGAAAGAUGCUAAAGCGGAGCCCGGUGAGGAGAGCCGGUGUUCGGGUAUGGAGGACUGCGACAAGAGCAAACCCAGUUGCGAAGACGGCGACAAACUGAACGGCGGAGACGCCGCGUUGGGGGACAAGAGGCGGCCGAGCGUGGAGAUCUCCUCCUCCGACGGUGAACCGCUGAGUCGCAUGGACUCUGAGGACAGCAUAAGCAGCACCCUGAUGGAGAUGGAGAGCACAGUGUCAAGUGGGCGCUCCACCCCAGCUAUGAUGAACGGACAGGGCAGUGCCAGCUCCUCUGCUGUUAAGGCCGUUGCCUACUCCUGUUGCUGGGACCUUUGUCUUCAGUACUUCAACUCAAGCCCUGAUCUUGCUGAACAUAUCAGGGGCAUCCAUGUGGACGGACAAAGAGGAGGGGUGUUUGUGUGUCUGUGGAAGGGUUGCAAGGUCUACAACACCCCAUCUACCAGUCAGAGUUGGCUUCAGAGACACAUGCUGACCCACAGUGGAGAUAAGCCCUUCAAGUGUGUUGUUGGUGGCUGCACCGCAAGUUUCGCUUCCCAGGGGGGCUUGGCUCGCCACGUGCCCAGCCACUUCAGCCAACAAAGCUCUUCCAAAAUGUCCGGUCAGGCAAAACUCAAGGAGGAGUCUCCCUCUAAGGCUGGUCUCAACAAGAGGAAGAAGCUCAAGAACAAACGCAGGUGCUCCCUACCGAGGCCCCAUGAUUUCUUUGAUGCUCAAACCAUGGAUGCUAUCCGUCACCGAGCCAUCUGUCUUAACCUAUCCACUCAUAUUGAAAGCGUGGGCAAUGGACACAGUGUGGUCUUUAACAGCACAGUGCUAGCCAAAAGGAAAGAAGGCUCAGGAAAAGUGAAAGUUCUCUUACACUGGACACCAGAAGACAUUCUGCCUGACGUGUGGGUGAAUGAAACGGACGAAUCUCGGCUGAAGACGAAAGUGGUACACUUAUCCCAGUUGCCGCAGGAAACCGCCAUGCUACUGGACCCCAACAUAUACAGGGCACUUCCACAGAAGAGACUAAAGCAGAGCAUCUCUCACUCUCUCUCACAUUUGGCUCAGCCUGUAAGGUGUCCUUUCUGGAUUGGAUUUUUAGUCCUUGGUGCCACAAGUUAUUUCUAAUUGGGAUGAGACACUCGUCAUCGCCGUUCUCUGGAAUGGGACAUGGAACAAUUAAAACAUUUGUCUUCAUGAAGAACUCGGAAUAAUGCUGUCCCCCUGCGCCCCUUCCCCUCCUCAAAAAAAAAACAAAAAAUCUGAAAAUAUCCCAUCACCCAAUGUUGUAACAAGUGUUAUGUGGAACAAACAUUUUUGGUGUUUUGUGUAAAUUAUAUAUGCAAAUUUGUAACUUAUUUUUAUAACAAAAAACAAAAUUGUCAUGUUUGUGAAUUUGUGUGAGCAAUUUCAAUGGAACCGUAUUUACUGUGAUAAGCUAUUUGACGUCAGUAGUAGGGACGCUUGAAGUGUUUAUAUCGAAUGUGAGGCAAGUCUUAAGCAGUAUUAAUAUUACAAUGUCAAAAUGCAGUAAUUUGGACUCACUAUGUUAACCUGUGGGAAGUAUAUGCUGUACGUGUGUCACACAAGUAAUAACUAUGCUGAUGAUAUUCUGGAUGAUCGACUUUAUCAAAAACAAAUUGUGCCUCACUUUUUUCACUCCCUCCUUUUACAGUAUGCAUUGUAUAUUAUGCUACUUCUUACAAUUCCGCUGUAUAAGCACCCUGAAACCCUUUGAAUCUAGUUUCUACUGUAUGUUAUCCUGUUUCACUGGAGUAUUGUGUUUCUAAUAAAACGAGUUCCAUGACA